AAUAAACCGAACGAAGCUUACUAAACGGAGCUAGCUGACUGGAUAAUGACAUGUAAUCCAACAGCUAGCAUCACCAGAUGCACAAACAGACACGAGUUUAAAGUCUGUCCUGUAACAUAACUCCUAAACUGAACUCUUCAUGUUAUCAAGAAGUUGUCACCACAGAAUAAAUCUAUCAACACUAUAUUAGCAAGUAGUUUACAGAAGUAAGGUCAUGGUUGUAAAUGAGGACUGGUUCUUAAACAUUUGUACCUGGUUAAAUAAAACUCAAAUCAAUCAAUAAAAAUGAAAGUAAGCUCACUGAGUUUCUAACUUAGCAAAGUGUCUGUUAAUGUUACAGAUAACUGCUACUGGAAAAACUACAUCUGUUUAACAUGCAGCUAAAAAAUGCUGUCUGACUCGCCUUGUUGAAGAAAAUGCAGAAUUUGUCGAUAAAUAUGUGAAGUAAACCAGCCGCCGUCAGCACGGUGUUACCGAUCUGCACUGUGGAGUGAAGUGGAAGAGCUGAAAGGCCACAUUCUCUGCAGGAUCACACUAGUUUAUGCUGGAAGAGAGAGAAACUGAAUCGCUCCUGCUCAGAGGAGAAGAUGGCUCAGAGAGGAGUUCAGCUGGACAGAGAAACCUUCUCUUGUUCAGUCUGUCUGGAUCUACUGAAGGAUCCGGUGACUAUUCCGUGUGGACACAGCUACUGUAUGACGUGUAUUAAUACCCACUGGGAUGGAGAGGAUGAGCAGAGAAACCACAGCUGCCCUCAGUGCAGGAAGACUUUCAGACCGAGGCCUGUCCUGGAGCAAAACGCCAUGUUAGCAGCUUUAAUGGAGGAGCUGAAGAAGGCUGGACUCCAGGCUGCUCCUGCUGACCACCACUUUGCUGCACCUGAAGAUGUGGCCUGUGAUUUGUGCACUGGGAGGAAGAGGAAGGCUGUCAAGACCUGUUUAGUCUGUCCAGCCUCUUACUGUGAGAAUCACCUUCAGCCUCAUUAUGAUGCACCUCCAUUAAAGAGACACAAGCUGGUGGAGCCCUCCAAGGACCUCCAGGAGAACAUCUGCUCUCGUCAUGAUGAGGUGAUGAAGCUGUUCUGUCGUACUGAUCAGCAGCUCAUCUGUUAUCUCUGCUCUGUGGCCGAACACAAAGGCCACGACACAGUCUCAGCUGCAGCAGAAAGGACUGAGAAGCAGAAGGAGCUGGAGGUGAGUCGACUGAACAUCCAGCAGAGAAUCCAGGACAAAGAGAAAGAUGUGGAGGCGCUUCUACAGGAGCUGGGGGUCACCAGUGUCUCUGCUGAAGAAACAAUGUUCAACAGUUGGCAUAUAUUAGAAGCGUUGAUUCGUCUCAUACAGAACAGUAGCAAUGUGCUGCAUCGGCAGAUCAGAUCCCAGCGAAAGGCUGAAGAGAGUCGAGCCCAGGAGCUUCGGAAAAAGCUGAAGCAGGAGAUUAGGGAUCUGAAGAGGAAAGCUGCUGAGCUGAAGAAGCUCUCGGAGACACCAGAUCACACCCAGUUUCUCCUCAACUGCCCGUCUGUGUCAGCACUCAGUGAGUCCGCACACACUUCCAGCAUCAACAUCCGUCCUCGGAGGCACUUUGAGGAGGUGGUAAAUGUUAUGGAAAAGCUGAAGGAAAGCGUACAGUACAAGCUGAUGAACCACUGGAAAAGCAUCUCACACAUAGUCAAUCUGUCAGAUAUGUUAUUGCCAGAAUCAGAACCAAAGACCAGAGCUGAGUUCCUUAGAUAUUCACGUGACAUCACCAUGGAUCUGAACACGUUGUGCAGAUGGUUGGUUUUAUAUGAUGGAGACAGAAAAAUCCCAACAGAGUGGGACGGGACGUCUUAUCCUCGUUAUCCAGGCGAAUUCGCUAGACAGUAUCAGGUUCUGAGCAGACAGCGUCUAGUCAGACGCUGUUACUGGGAGGUGGAGUUGAUGGUAGGCUCUUGUAUAGCAGUCUCAUACCCGAGUAUCAGCAGAAGAGUGCCUGACUGUGGAUUUGGCCAUAAUGACAAAUCCUGGUCAUUAUAUCGUGACAGGAACAGUUUUGAAUUUAAACACAAAGACAUAACAACUCCUAUCUUCGGUCCUCAGCCCUCCAGGGUGGGAGUUUACCUGGAUUACAGUGCAGGUAUUCUGUCCUUCUACGAUGUCUCUGAAACCACGACUCUCCUCUACAGAGUCCAGACCACGUUCACUGAGCCUCUAUAUGCUGGACUGGAGACGAACACAUUUACACUGAUCGGUAAAAUGAACUGGACUGCACAGUGAGUAGUGGUUAGCACUUUCGCCUUGCAGCAAGAAGGUCCCGGUUCAAAUCCCGGGGUGGGCCUGGGAUCUUUCUCCCUGUGCAUGCGUGGGUUUUCUCCGGGUACUCCGGCUUCCUCCCACAGUCCAAAAAUAUGCUGAGGUUGAUUGACUAUUCUAAGUUGCCCGUAGGUGUGAAUGUGAGUGUGAGUGUUCCCGCGACCCCAGUGAGGAUAGAGCGGUGUAUAGAGAAUGGAUGGAUGGAUGUAAACUGAAAUAAAGUCACAUCUGUCACAGUUCCGGGGGUGAACUCAGAGGUUCACCUUUUAUUUUAAACCUGAAAAUGUCAGCUUGUCUGUGCUCUGAGUGUCUGAUGAACGUGUAUGGAUCUGUUCGUGUGCUGCAGUUUUUCUUCCUCUUCAUGAGCCUCAGCAGAGAAAUCACCAGACCUUCUUCCACCACAGAGAUUUUAUUCUCACUUUAUAAAUGUGUGAAGAAUUCUUGAAUUGCAUUUGUUUAGAAAGAUUAAAAUGAUCUACAGCUGAUACGUGCUAAACCUGUAGUUAUUCUGUUUGUUAUUGACGAGGAAAUCAUUGGUUAACUGAGGUUCUGGGUUUAACAGACGGAUUGUGUUGAAGAGAAUUUUGGUUUGAAGUUAUCAAACAAAACUAAUUUUUUACUUGUUAAUGUGUGAAUAAACUGUUGGUUUAAAUCCCAAACAAA